AUGAACACAUUAUCUCUAGUCUCUUCAUCAUUCCGAGUAAAAUCUUCACUCGAAGUGGUCGCUCUCAUUCUGAGGCUUCCACCUAGAGCAGAGUCUCCGGGCUCCAACACAAGGUCAGCUACAUUCUGAGCUUGUCAAGGCGCAACUGGAUGGUCUACGCGCAGAAGGACGAGGCGAAGGACCGUAAGAUCAUGCUUUCAACUCUUUUGGCUACACGCUAGGACUUUUAGUUCGCAAAAGGCGGUCGUUUUUUAUAGCUUUGAAAGUUCUUGUUCACCGCCUAAUCGGUUGCAUCUAUGACUAAAAAACAAAAUAAAUUGAAUCAUCUUUCCAAAAAAUCCAGCGUCGAGAAAACUCCCAACAAUCUACUGAACCUUCAAACUCCCCAGAAAGAAACCGAUCAACCCAUUACCAGGCCAUCGUCCCCUCUAAACGAUCCGAAUUUCAAACCCCAUUUACUUGACAGCCGACGCCGCCGCCGGACCAGCUGCAUGUUGCAAAGAUGCGGCAAACCGUCACAAAUCUAUCAAGAAGGGCGUCCAGCCGAGGUGGCGGAAUUAUUGUCCGCGAUGGGUGCGCGACAAACGGUUGUCUUUGAACCGUCCGUCCUCGACACAAAUCACGUCGACACCUUGCAGCUCCAUCCGUCUUGUCCGACCCAUUCGCAACAUGUUUUUGAAACCGCCGAUCAAACCCCCAACACAUGA